AUGAAGAAGGCUUUGGGGUUGUCAAAAUUUCUUGGUGAUUUUAAGGGACUAGAUGGAGCAAUUGUUAAGGCAACAAACUAUAAGCAUGCAUUACCAAAGGAAAAACACGUUCGUACCAUUUUUCUAUCACUUUCUCCAUCAAAACCUCGGAACGAGGUGAUUUACUGUAUUCAUGGUGUGACCAAGCGUUUUAGCCAAACUAAUAACUGGGCUGUUGCCAUGAAAACACUUAUAGUCAUACAUCGUGCCAUGAGGGAACUCGAUUCCACACUUUGGGAAGAGCUUGUACACUAUAGACAUGUAAGGGGUCACAUGAUUGACUUAUCAUACUUUCAUGAAAAAUCAGUCCCCAAUGAUUAUUCUAUUUGGAUCCGUAGUUAUGUCCUCUACUUAGAAGAGCGUCUAAAAUGUUUUGCUCUUGUGAAUUACGACGUUGCAACAAAUAGUUCGAAAUAUUCGCAAAAGCUUGACACCCAAGAGUUGUUGGAGCAAUUGCCAGCCCUACAAAAUCUUCUCUCUCGACUUCUUGAUUGCAAGCCAAGGGGUGUAGCUGCAAAUAAUCGCUUAAUUCAAUUUGCGCUUUCACUCGUGGCUGGUGAAAGUGUCAAGUUAUACGUUGCAAUUACUAUUAGAGUGGUCGAAUUACUUGACAAGUUUUUCGAGAUGUACAAGAACGAUGCUAUUAGGUCACUUCAAAUUUACAAAAAAUCAGUGACUCAGCCUCCUACUUCUUUUAUUAUUACCAUGGAAGAAUAUAUUAAGGAGGCUCCAAGUUCCUUAAUGCUUGAAUACAACAUGGACGUGAAAAGGGAAGGAAUUAUUGAGCACAAAAAUGCAGGUUCAGCGGGUGAUUUUAUGAUGAUAGAAAACAAUGCUGAUAAGUCAACAAAUCCUUCUGCUGAAAAUAACAUGCCUACACCACCACAAGCUGCUGAACUUAUGGGUUUGUAUGACUUACUAACAGGAGCAUCUGAAUUUGAUGAGAAAUCUCUAGCAACAACAAUUAUCGCAACUGAAAACAAUUUAAACUCCACCGAUGAUGAGAAUGAGACCAAUCCAGUACUAGGAUGGGAGGUUGCUCUUUUUGCUGACUUAGAAAGUAAUAAGGAGAAUGUAGUAACUGACAUUGAGGGAAAAGAGAAGAUUGGUGGAAUGGAGUUGUGGAAACAUUUUGACGAGAAAAAUGGUGGUGACACUCAACAAAGUGUAACUCACGAUACGAGCCAAGUAACGUGGAAUCCUUUUGACUUUGAGGGUAGUCAUAGUGACCAAUUUAGCGUGGAAGUGGCGUUCCCAACCUCACAGAAUGAAUUUUGUGCAUUUCCAAACAUGUCAUCCCCAAUUCCAGCUGAAAUGGUGGUGGACAUGCCCUACCAACAUUCGUUGCAGCAACAACAUGAACCUUCUUAUUCUUCAAAUAAAAAAUCGAUCAAUCCUUUCGAUGAAACACAACCAACUCAAAAACCUGAACAUGAUUCAUCAGAUACACUUCUUGUUUCUGGGAUUCUGUCUCUUCAAGGCUCAGACCAAUUUGUUAGCUUGCUGUUCUUUAUCUCUCCUCAGUUUGAAUCAUCUGAUGAGAGAUUCCUGUCUUCAGCUUUAUCUUGGGAGCUGUCCUACUUUCUAUUCAGACAUUCUGUCCCUUUCUCUGUUCUCUGUCCUACUGAAGCUGAGGCAGCUGAAUAUGGUGAGGAUUGUAGCUGUCAGGGCCUACUGGAUCGAAGAAUACAGUCUUUGACACAAGAAUCUUCUUCCUCAGGCAAAUGGGUUUUCUUAGCUAACUGUCAAGGAUGCCAUAGUGACGGCUCAAUCUGUCUGGUUUAUCAUUAUGAUCUCAGGUCCUUGAGUGGUCUUUUGGGUUUUGGUAAUUUUGUUUUCUGCAUCUUGAAGCCAAUCCUGGGAAAGAAAAAGUUUGGAACAAGAUUUCAACAUUGGGUUUCUACAGAUGGUGAAGCAGCACCCAGUGCUGUAACUUUUGGGUCAGUGAUCUUUUAA